AUGCACCUUAGCCAUUUCGCCAUCCUGCAGGCUUACGUUUGCGUAUGCUUUGCCGCAGUGUGCCCAUCUCGGACCAACAAUACGGCAACAGCACGUAAAGACGUCGUCGCCGUCCCUGCCGUUUGGAAUGGCUUUGGGUACCUUUUCAAUAUCUCCGUUGGAACUCCCCCGCAGCCGUUGACGGUUCUUAGCGAUUGGACAUGGAUCUCUCUGUUUGUGCGGUCUGGACGAUGCAUGAACCAGUGGAACAUCCCAAUGUGCAUUGGAAACAAUGGUCAGGCCUUCUUCAACGAAAGGAAAUCCAGUAGCUUUCAUAACAGGUCCUUGCCGCAACUCAAAUGGGACAUUACGGCAUUCGCCCCAGACUUUACCGUGGAUUACGCAUCCGACACGGUUUGUGUGAGCAACAUUUGCACGACCAACACUACUCUUCAAGUGUCUGACCUCCCGUACGGCGGUGAUGUCAUUCCCAAGGUCCCGUUUGGAGGCAUCUAUGGCAUGGCUCCGGUGACGCCAGACGUUACUGAAGCGUUUUACACACAAAACUACCAAGCUUGGAAGGCAGGUGUAUUCGGGCCCAAAGUUGGCUGGCAUUCUUGCGCCUCUCUAUCGUCUAGAAAAUCGUGCCUUGGCGGGGAAGCCAAAUUCGUGCUUGGAGGCACAGAUCAAGCCAUGUAUGACGCAUCCAGAAUGCAGGUUUAUAGCAUUCAGAACCCUUCAUGGCUCUCGGAGGCGUUUUACCCGUAUAAUCCACCGAAAAGCAACUACUGGAGUACCGCCCUUACGGGAGUUUGGAUCUCGGGCGAAGAAGAGUCUACCAACUUUAUUUACAAUUUCUCAGGCUCAAACAAUGUUUCCAUGCAAACUCUGGCACUGUUAGACGAGGGUUCAGAAGGCCUGGGUGCACCAUUGUCGCUGAAUGCGUAUAAGUGGUUGGUAAAACAAGUCAACGGCACACGGGCCAGUAACGCCACAGUCCAAGCUAUCAUGGCACAAGGGUCUUCGGGCUACAACGGAGCAAGCCAAGACUGGUAUACGGUUCCGUGUAACAGUACAGGCAGCCGGCCGACAUUAGUGUAUGAGCUAGAUGGACGACAGAAUUACACAAUCCCGGAAUCUGACUACAUCAUCAGACUCGAGUCCGCGGCGACUCCUGUGUGCUACCUCAAUGUAAAUGUUUGGAAGUAUGGACGAACUAGUUCGGGGGACUCAAAAGUCCUCUUGCUGGGAGGUGCGUUUCUCAAACGACUUUAUGUCCAGCUAGACUUUGAGAAUCUCUCGUUUGGGCUUGCUCCCCUCAAGAAGCAUUAG